AUGGCCGAGUCAGUAGACCCUCUCUCUGACCAGGCCAUGGUCCAUCUGAUGGCCUACAAGUACCAGAGCGUGGACAAGUCGUUCAUUUCAAACUAUAUACUGCGACACUAUUGGAAUGGCGCCGUCAAGCUGUUACCAAUGUGGCUUGCUCCGAAUAUGGUCACUCUAUUGGGCUUCAUCUGCAUCCUAGUCAAUGUUGUCUUUAUCCAGAUUUUCAUUCCUGAUCUUGUCGGACCCGGGCCUACCUGGGUCUAUUACAGCUUCGCCGCUGGUCUGUGGUUGUAUUCGACCAUGGACAAUAUCGAUGGCAAACAAGCACGACGGACUGGCACUUCGAGCCCUCUUGGCGAGCUGUUCGAUCAUGGCAUCGACUCGCUCAACUGCACAUUGGCGAGCCUUUGCGAGACGGCUGCCAUGGGACUGGGCCCAAGCAAGACGGGUGCGUUUACAGCACUGGUGCCUUGCCUGCCCAUGUUCUUCUCCACCUGGGAAACGUACCACACCCAUACACUGUAUCUGGGUGCAUUCAAUGGUCCGACUGAGGGAUUGAUCCUGGCUUGCGCAGUGAUGAUUCUCUCGGGCUAUCUAGGCCCUCAGAUCUGGUCACACCGCAUCGCUGAAUAUGUUUCGCUUCCGGAAAAACUACCCUUCGACAUCCCUUCCGACCUUACGUUUCGCGACCUCUGGGUGCCGAUCAUCCUGGUGGCCUUCUUCACCGCUCAUAUCCCAGCCUGCGUCUACCACGUCGCGAGAGCCCGCCACCAGGCUGACUUGCCACUGCUUCCGGUCUUCUUAGAGUGGGCUCCCAUCAUCAUCUUCACAGGAUGCUGUAUGGCAUGGCUUGGCUCACCUUACUCGACUUUGUUGGCCGAGAACCAUCUUGUGAUCUUCUCUGUGACCAUGUCGUUCGUCUUUGGCAGGCUUACAACCAAGAUCAUUCUCCACCAUCUGACGCGUCGGCCUUUUCCGUACUGGACAUCGUCGAUGGCGCCGUUGGUUGGUGGUGCGAUCAUGGCCUGGCUUCCCCUGUUCGGCCAAAAGCCGGUCUCACCCACUUUCGAGCGCCUGUACCUCUAUGCCUACCUUCUGUAUGCGAUGGCGUUGUACUUUACGUGGGCAGUGCGAGUCAUCAACCGCAUCUGCGACGUUCUCGACAUCAACUGUCUGACCAUCAAGCGGAAGGAGGCGGAUACUAAAGACGCGCAUGCCUUCUCGAACCAUGCCAGAAGCACCUCCAACGGCGCUGUGCGCAAGACGAUGAAGAAGCAAUAG